UACUCCCUCUCUUUAUCUGGGGCAAGCUUUAUUACCCCUAUCCAAACGAGCCGAAAACCUACUCGAUACAAAUAAUGGAAACAACAGCAGAGCCGGAGCUUGCCCGAGACCCCUCCGACAACCCUAAUGAAGUUGUCUCUGAUGAAUCCUCGCCGGAAACGGACCUCACCCUCUCUCCAAGCCAACCCCAAAAUCAAAUUAACGAUCCCCAAAAUUCUUCUGAAAACCACCUCCCACACUCUUCCGAAACCCAGUCUCCACCACCCAAUACGACACUCGACGCCCCCGUUUUAGACUCUCAAGACGACGACUCCUCCGACCCAAUCCCCGAAGACACCAUCGAAGAACAACCCCAAAAUCCCAAUUCCGUAGACCCUCCUCCACCACAAAAACGACGACGCCGUAGGAAGCGGUUCUUCACCGAAAUCAACGGCAAUCCGUCUUUCCGACGGCAUAGGAUAGCCGGAGGCCUGUCUGAAGAAGUUAACGUCGAAGCAUUCAUUGCAAUCUCUGUAGGUUUUCCCGUAGAUUCGCUCACCGAAGAAGAAAUCGAAGCUAAUGUGGUGUCGACGAUUGGGGGCACGGAGCAAGCUAAUUAUAUUGUUGUGAGGAACCACAUUCUUGCUCGGUGGAGAUCAAAUGUGUCGACUUGGCUAACUCGUGAUCACGCUCUUGUGUCAAUUAGGGCCGAGUACAAGAACCUAGUCGACUCUGCUUAUAAUUUUCUACUAGAACAUGGCUACAUAAACUUCGGGCUCGCGCCUGCUGUUAAAGAGGCGCAAAUGAUGUUGCAUGAGCGGGCUGACAAAGCCAAUGUGGUGGUUGUAGGAGCGGGUCUCGCCGGACUCGUUGCAGCGAGGCAGCUAGUGGCUAUGGGUUUUAAAGUGGUCGUCUUGGAAGGUAGAGCACGGCCAGGUGGCCGUGUAAAAACGAUGAAGAUGAAGGGCGACGCAGUGGUGGCCGCCGCUGAUCUGGGUGGGAGUGUUCUCACUGGAAUAAAUGGAAACCCACUCGGAGUUCUUGCAAGGCAAUUGGGUUUACCUCUUCAUAAAGUGAGAGAUAUAUGCCCUUUGUAUCUACCUGAUGGGAAGGCUGUAGAUUCAGAGAUUGAUUCUAGGGUAGAGGUUUCGUUUAAUAAAUUGUUAGACAGAGUUUGUAAACUUAGGCAGGUCAUGAUUGAGGAAGUUAAAUCUGUUGAUGUUAACUUAGGAAUUGCGCUUGACGCUUUUAGGCAUGCUUAUAAGGUAGCUGAGGAUUUACAGGAGAGGAUGCUAUUGAAUUGGCAUCUUGCAAAUUUAGAAUAUGCAAAUGCUUCACUAAUGUCUAAUUUGUCUAUGGCUUAUUGGGAUCAGGAUGAUCCAUAUGAGAUGGGAGGUGACCAUUGUUUUAUUCCAGGAGGUAAUGAUACUUUUGUUAGAGAGCUUGCUAUGGAUCUGCCCAUUUUCUAUGAAAGAACUGUGGAGAGUAUAAGAUAUGGAGUUGAUGGGGUUAUUGUUUAUGCAAGUGGGCAGGUGUUUCGUGGUGACAUGGCGCUCUGUACAGUGCCAUUGGGGGUGCUUAAGAAGGGAACAAUUGAAUUUGUCCCCGAGCUUCCACAAAGAAAGAAAGAUGCAAUACAGAGAUUGGGAUAUGGGCUGUUAAAUAAGGUGGCCCUGUUGUUUCCCUAUAAUUUUUGGGGAGGAGAGCUUGAUACUUUUGGACAUUUGACAGAAGAUUCGAGUAGGAGAGGUGAAUUCUUUCUGUUUUAUAGUUAUUCAUCUGUUUCAGGGGGUCCACUUCUAAUUGCUCUUGUCGCUGGGGAUGCUGCAGUUAAGUUUGAGACAAUGUCUCCAGUGGAGUCUGUUAAGAGGGUCCUAGAAAUACUGCGAGGUAUUUUUCAUCCAAAAGGGAUUGUUGUUCCAGAUCCAGUUCAGGCAGUCUGUACCCGUUGGGGGCAAGAUUGCUUCACAUAUGGGUCUUAUUCUUAUGUUGCAGUUGGGUCUUCAGGAGAUGAUUAUGAUAUUCUUGCUGAGAGCAUUGGAGAUGGAAGGGUUUUUUUUGCCGGAGAGGCAACAAACAAACAGUAUCCAGCAACAAUGCAUGGAGCAUUUCUAAGUGGGAUGAGAGAGGCUGCUAAUAUACUGAGAGUGGCCAAAAGGAGAUCUUUGGCUUUAACCAGCAAAUCAAAUAAUGAUAUUGAGGAAAGUGAUGAUUUAACUGAACUAUUUAACUCUCCUGAUCUGACAUUUGGGAGCUUCUCUAUUCUGUUUGAUCCCAGAUCAAAUGAUCUUGAAUCCCUUUCAUUAUUAAGGGUCAAAUUCCAAGGACCAAAAUUGGAUUCCUGCUUGCUAUGUCUCUAUGGUUUGAUUUCCAGGAAGCAGGCCAUUACACUAAGCGAGUUAGGUGAUGAUGGAAAGAGGAUGGAAGUGUUAUCUCAGAACUUUCAGGUAAGGUUGGUUGGUAGAAAAGGCUUAUCUGAUGCUGGGGAUUCCCUCUUCAAGCACAUCAAGGCAGCCAGAUCCAGACUAAGUGUUGGGAUCUGAGAUUGAAGCUUGGCAUUAAAACAAAAGGUCUGUCUCUCAUUUGCAGUCCUGUGAGUGGAGGUGGCUAAAUCAUUGGCUUCUCAAACCGUUAGAGCUGGAUUGAUUUCAUCUAGGGACAAUUUUUUUGGUAAUUGUUCAGGGUGGAGCAAGAUUUUGCUGUCCUUUGUAGAAACAGAGACCACUACGAGAAAUUAUUGAAUGGAUGGUGGGUUAGGUUCUGUUAUUUUUUCCAAUUCUUUACAUCAGAGUAAUUUUUGAGAAGGAUUGGGAAAGUGCUUCAUUUGCUAUUUCUUUUUCAGAAGAUUGAAGCUGAUAUGUAUAGAAUUCCAGUAAGUUAUCUGUACUUAUUGAACCCAUCAAUGCAUAUGAAAAGGAAUCACAAAUUUUAGGUUCUGUUUUGAGA